AUAGCUGCUUAGCCCUCAGAGAUUGUAUUCAUGGAGGUGAUUCCCAAAAAUGAAGUGUUGCAGACACGCGCUGAAACUUUGGACUUUCUAAGAAAACAGUACAAUUUGGACAAAAAGAUAAUACAUGAGUCGAUCAAUCUUUUGGAGGAAUGGUUGAAGAAGCAACAGCAUUUCGUCGACAAGGAUUUGGGUAGUGAAUAUUUAGAAAGAGCUCUGAUUUUGGCGAAAGGAUCAGUUGAGAAGGUGAAGAAGAAACUGGACAGACUCUGCACGUACCGAACUCUCCUGCCGAAAUACUUUGAACAGUUCGACGCUGAUAUCUGUCGAGAUUCCAAAUAUGUGAUCGAUGGACUACUGCCGAAGUUGACAAGUGAUCACUACAGAGUUUACUUCCUGAAGAUGGUGGGAGGAAAACCCGACGACUUGCAAAACUACUACAGAUGGUGUACAGCAAUGUUCGAAUACCUCCAUACCUACGAUUACUGUAGCGGCCUGAUAGUUAUUUUCGACUACACUGAAGCCGAUGUUUUGGAUAUUGUUAAGAGAACUGACAUCGUCGACGUUCAUAAUCUUAUAAGGAUACUGGUGGAAGGCUUCGGGGUGAGAUUGAAAGGCUUCCACAUAGUCUCCGACUCGAAGGUGAUGAACAUAGUAGUGAGCUUCUUCAGGCAAGCCGCCAGUGCUAAGAUCGCGCACAGGGUGACCUCACACAAGGACUUCGACUCGAUAUUCCAAAUCGUACCCAAGGAGAUAUUGCCCGCCGAAUAUGGAGGAAACUGCAAAUCUAUACACGAACUUCAUCUUGAUUGGGUGAACGUUUUAAGUUCACCAAAAUUCUCCGCGCAUCUGCAGAAAAUGAAGUCGAUGUGUACUAACGAAGACUUGAGACAGAAGGACACGUUCAACAACGAAUGCAUGGGAAUGCCUGGCACUUUCAGGACACUGUGUUUGGAUUAGUCUAAUUUGAUAAUACUAUUUAUUUGAGAGUAACAAGGAAAUAAAUUAUUGAUACAAUU